AUAUUACCGGAAGUACUAGUCCGUAUUAUAAUUAAGCCGGAGAAUACUAUAACCCUUGGGUUAUAUAAGUUAAUAGGAUUUAUAGAUUCCGCGGUAUAUACUUUAGAGGAGGCCCUAAGGGUAAAUAAUAAUAUAGACUUUAUUCCGUCUAGGCCGCUUAGAGAAAGAUUCAUGACUAGGUUAGGCCUCGUCUUAGCACUCAAGAUGAACAGGAAUGAC